AUGUCACAUGGAAAGAAACUAUUGCGCUUGGCGCUAGUGAGUGUUUUGUUAAUUCAUAAUGCUUAUUGCCUUUUCCCUAUCGCGCCAUUCAGCGAAUCCUUAGAUGCAGCAAUGCUCCCGAAUGAAAGAAUAUCACUCGACGACUGUCAUCUGCGUUACUACAGAUAUGGUGACCAGGGUUUGGUAGCCCCAGCUUUCGGCAUGCCAGCAUAUUUGAAAGAAUUUGCCCACAUGGCAGCCAUUGGAUGGACACAACCGAACGGUAACAUCAGCUGGAAUUGUGGAGGAUCUUUAAUCUGGGAGAACUAUGUGCUGACUGCCGCUCACUGUACACUCGAUAAUGGACAACCGCCGGAUGUGGCUCGGUUCGGAGACAUUAACCUCUUCAGUGACGAGGACGACCAGUUCGCUCAGCAGCUGAAGAUCGUUCAGGUGAUCAGGCAUCCCGACUACAAGUUUUCAUUCUCGUACAACGAUAUUGCACUUUUGAAGUUGGAGAAAAAUGUAACGUUACAUGAUACAGUUUCACCAGCUUGCCUUUGGAUUGACAACGAAGUUCGCUUCAAAGAAUUAGAAGCUACUGGAUGGGGAGACACUGGAUUUGCACAAGACCGAACGCCAUCGUUGCUGAAAGUAACACUUAAACCAACAACCAACAACAAAUGCAGUGAGUUCUACGACACCAACAACCGGUUGCUGAAGGAUGGCCUCAAGGAAACCCAACUAUGCGCAGGAGAUGAACUCAUGGAUACCUGUCCAGGUGACUCCGGAGGACCUCUGCAGAUAAAAUUGCUCCACAACGGAAAAGUGUCUCCAUUUCUCGUCGGUGUAACUUCGUUCGGUACAGCCUGCGGAACGGCAACCCCCGGGGUCUAUACGAGGGUUUCGGCUUACUACCAAUGGAUCCUGCAAACAAUGCAAAGUCAGGAGAGCAAUGUUUUUGAUUGGAGCCUGGAACCCAUCAGUUGCGCCCUUCGAUACGCUCAUUUAAGGGAGUACGAAGACGACGUAAUCGCAAGCCGAUCCGAGAAUUAUGUUUCUCUCAAUUCUGACAAAGCGCAUAUGCACUUUGCUGGGAGCAACUUGCGACAUAAGGUGUCUAUAGGAUGGAAAAAUGGACGCAGAGAAAAUUGCAGUGCAACACUCAUUGCCGAUGAUACGGCACUCACCGUAGCAGAUUGUGCAUCACAUUACGGUGUUGCUCCUUCACACGUGAUUAUCGAUUCGAAUGGAGCAAAUUUCGACAUCGCACAGAUAAUUGUGCACCCGGAAUACAGAGGAAAUUCCCUCUACAAUAACAUUGCGGUACUUAAACUAAAAGAUCGAGUACAAUUUUCCGACCGGGUGACUCCGGCCUGCAUAUGGCAUUCACGGGAAAUUCCCGACCCACAGGUAGAAGUAGCGGGUAUCGGUCGUAAUGAUAUUAACUCACUUAAUUACGGAUCACAAAUGGAAACAUUUGAACCAAUGCUUCGAACGCUCCUGCCUAGGUUAAGUGUGAAUACCCCUCAAAAUUGUACGAUUUCUGAGCAGUUUCGUUCGGGCUUGGCAAAAGGCUUGGCUCCAGAGCAUCUCUGCGUCGGAGAUCGUUUAUUUUUGGUACCCGAAUCCUGUGCACUACUCUACGGUGCUCCCAUUCAACGAAAAAUCUGGAGAAAUGAUCGUUACUAUACCUAUGCGUACGGUCUAAAUUCUUUCGGCAGAGAUUGUGGGUUUGGUGAGGCAGCCAUAGCGACGAGAUUAGUCAGCCACGUGGAUUGGCUUAAAACGGUGCUACUUCCCAACUUUCAUGGUGGACGACCUGCAGUGCAAUUUCUCAACCCAGAAUGGAAGGAAGGCGAGAGCUGUGAUUUCGAUUACGAUGUCGAACUGCCUGGAAUUUGCACCCAUUAUUCAAAAUGUUCGAAGGUAUGGAAUGAUUUUAAGGCCAAUCGACGAGUAAGUUUUUGUUCUUCUGCACAAGUGAUUUGUUGCCCUCGAAAGUUUGUUGAAAAUAAACUUUCCCAAGGACGAAAAGAUGAACUAGACAUUUGUCCAACAGAGUAUCAACAAUUUCACCCCAAAAACCCCGGUCUCCAUAAGACAGAACUUUUUCCUUAGAUCACCAUAACCUGGAAGGAGUCGCAAAGCGUUCGCUGUUUAGCUUCGCUAAUCACUAAACGCACUGCAGUUACUUCCGCUAGUUGUGCACUUUUGUUGCCGAACAAAGCAGUCUUGGCUAUUUUAGCAAAUAAUGACUCCAUCGCUGUUGAGCAAAUCAUUACCCAUCCAGAUUACAAUAAAAACGAUAAAUCAAAUGAUAUUGCGCUUAUCAAAUUGAACGAUGAAGUAACACCGACUGCAUCAGUAUUUCCAGCAUGUGUAUGGACCAACCUCACCCACACUCCACUUCAUCUGAGAUUAAUAAAUUCAGGAAAUAUCGAACAAACUAGUAAACAAACCACACCUAUGUACAACACUGACUGUCAACUCGAUUAUGAAAGCCGAAUUACCGCUGAUCAUUUAUGCGUUGAGGAUGUCAACCUGAGCGCCAACAAUACUUGCUACAACCAGGGUGAUCAAUUAGUUUGGACCAGCGUUGAUGAUCCUGCGAAAGAAAACAGUCCAGUGACGCCUUACGUAGUAGGUUUCUACAGCUACGGCGAACUGUGUGAGCGAGCUUAUCCGGCUGUUUUCACUAGGAUCUCGUCGUACGUUGAUUGGAUAAGGAAAAACAUGUAA